AUGCUUGGCUAUUUCAAUCGAACCGAUGCUGAAAUUCGUGGAUCUUGGAAGUAUUAUAAACCACUAUUUGUAUUGGAAGCAUUGCUCAUUUUAUUGAGCACUUUCUAUAUUCUCUUCUGGGUUUAUGUUAUAAACACAUCAAGAAGUUGUCAUCGAAAUAUUCGUCUUCUUCAUAGUGUUUUUUAUGGGCAAUAUCUGGUGCAGACUGUUUUUUGGGUGGUCCAACCGAUUUCGAUUUUGUUGGGUCUUGUUGAUGGCAAGUAAUAAAUAUUCAAAAAACAAUUUCGCGUCAAUCUUUGCUUUCAAGAGUCUAGAUUACUUGACAAAUUCCAAACAUUUCUUUUUUAAAUGACUUUUGAGAUGCCACAUCAUAGGUCACGUCACUUCCCCCUUUAUUAUUUUUCUAUUUUUCCCAUUUCUAACAAAAAAGUCCACUUGGGAUAUUUUUAAUUAUAGAAAACAGUGUCCCCUUUGCGUUACUUAUAAUUUUCUCAAAACUGGGAAGUACGAAGGAAAUUAGUUAAGGCGUAUCAACAAGAAUUCUUGUAAUCCAACGCUAUUUUCAGACAUCAAUCGUUCUCUCUCAAGUUUUUUCAAUUUCAUCAGCAUUGUCCGAAUUGUCGGUUUGAUGUACGGUAGGUUUUCCUGUUUUUGCGAAUGCACUUUUUGUUCAUAAAAAGUGCAACAUUUUUGGGAUUUUACAGCGUUUUAUACUCUUCCGGGACUUGUCAUCGAGCGAAGUUUUGCAACGUGGAUGAUUCGGGAUUAUGAGAAUGAUCCAUAUCCGAAAGUUGGAAAUCUCAUUGUUUUUGUACAGGCAAUCGUGGCAUUGGCCUUCGGAAGUCAUUUUAAUAUCGGUAAUAGAAAAAAGUAGUAAAAACAUGAACACUUAUAUUUUCUCAGCUUCCAACACAAUUCCUCAUACCGUACUUGCAAUAAUCAUGAAUAUCAUCGCAGUUCUACUCAACUUCUAUAUUGCUCAUAUUAACAAACAAUACUAUUAUUCAGAAUGCACAACUUAUUCACUUUCACAACGUUUUCAAAUAGCAGAAAAUCUUCGAACUUCAUUGAUGUUCAAUCGAAUUGUCUACAGUAUCAGUUUCUUCAAUCUUGUUGUCAAUACUUGUUUCAUCUUGGAUAAUUAUAACAUUCCAAUCAAAUAUAAAAACCUGACUAGUGUUAUGUGUGAUUAUUCAAUUCUUUGUUAUGGUUUUAUCGUUCCGAUUGUUACUGCAUUACAACAAGAAUCGUGGAUGAAACGAAUCAAUGUUCUGAUGGUGACAUUUUUGAAGGAUUUUUUGAGACUAACACGAUACUUUCACAUUUUUUUCUUCGAUUUUCAAUUAUUUUCAGAGUCGAUUUGUUUCCCGCCGAAUUGCUCCAUUGACAAAUAGUUUUGGUCAUAACAUUGAAAGGAAAAAUGUUUACAAAGAAACCACUAUUUAUUUCGAUAUGUUGAAUUCGCAAUGGAAAUGA